CUGCCUCAAAAAAUAAACAUUAAAAAAAAAGAAAAAAAUAUAGUGCUACAGAUGUAAAAAUAAAUAAAUAAAAGAGAAUGAGUGGUCAUGAUACAUUUAGAACUGACCAUUUCAGCCUGGGGAACAUAUGGAGAUUGAAAUUCCAUAUGCCACCUCAGAGAUUAUUAGGUUAUAUGUGUAAGCAUCACUUUGUAUUUGUGAGUGCAUUUAUGAAUGCACUGAAUGUCCUGUUCUUUUAGGAUGAUAGGGGCAAAAUCCACCCACCCUACACACCACAGAGAGACACAAAUACAAAAUAGAGUUGAACAGCUGUUUUCUGGAAUGGGUCUCAAAAGAAUCCUUUUGUGACCCAUGGACCAACCAUGGAUAUUCCUCUCCCUAAAAUGAGGCAGAAGAAAGAUAUUCACAUAGACACACUUAGCAUAAAAAAGAGAAAUAAAGGCAAGGUAUGGAUUAUAAUACUCCAUGAUCAAGGUAUUGCUGAAGGACCUGUCCUGUGUUUAGUUUAGUGCUGGAAGAGACAGAGAACAUAGAGAUAUAGCCUAUAUUCCUAGCCUUAGGGGAGAGGAGAAAAAUGCUCAGCAGUCAGAGACCAGUAAGUAAGGUGGGAAUAGAAUGCUUGCUAAAUGCAAAAUCCUAUUCAGGAAACUGUAAUCAAAGAGACUGUGAUCAAAGAGUACUAAUAGAUUAAAGAGAAUGUAUAGUUAGUAACACCAGGGAGGUUUCAAGAAUGGAAAUGGAAAGCCACAGACCUCUUUUUAUGUAUCUAGAACUUUUUAUGUAUCUAGAACUUUCCUCUAGGUGAGGAAAGUGCUACUAAUUUCCCACAUUUAGCUGCGUCCUUCCUUCCAGACCAUCUUUCAGUAGUGUGCGGUGACUGUGAAUCCCCUAGGUUUGUUUGGUGGGAGUCUUCAUCUCACCAAAGUAUUUAAUAUGGAAGUAUUUAAUAUGGAAAGCAAGUUUCCAUGCUUUUCCAGAUCUUUAAUUUUCCAGAGUUUAAGUGGAGGGACCUACAUUAUAUUAUUACGGUAGGCUUUGAGGAUAUAAACUUGAGAGAGAGGUGGGUGAAUGACAGGGUGUUCACAACACUAUUUGGAUGAUCCAGUUCAUUAGUAUCAAGUCCAAUGGGCCUCUGCCACUCAUUUAUUCAACAAGAACUUGUUGAAGAUUCUGUGGCAGACACUGUUCUAGGGAUAGAACAGUGAAAUAAGCAGACAUGAUAUCUAUCCUCUUCAAGUUUACCAUUUGUCAAGUGAGAAAGCUAAGUAAAAUAAAAAGAAGAGUGUGAGAAGUGCUCUGAAUGGCUACUGUGGAGUGCCAGGAGUGUACCUGGGAACAUUACCUAAUUUGGAUAUUGUUCAGGAAAGCUAGCUUUGGAUAUUGUUCAGGGAAAGUUAGCUAGAGAAAGAGAGAAAUGGACCAAGCUAACAAAACUUCCAAGAACAAAUGUUGGUGGAAAAGAAAUCAGACAAGAGUGUUCCCCAAAGCUGAAGUUUAAAUUGGGGGGUGACACAUUCCGUGGACUAAAGGUAUCUCACUUUUGACAUGGGAAAGAGCUUUAUGGCCCUAUGUGGAGCUUGAACCCAUGAUCCUGGGUUCAUGACCUGAGCCGAAAUCAAGAGUCAGAUGCUUAACCAACUCAGCCACCCAGAUGCCGCUACAUAUUUUUUACUUUUUAAAAAAAUAUUCUGAAGUUUUGUUACCCAUUAAUUAUAUUACCAGCCGAUCUUCUCUGUAUCUUUCCAACUUCAGUAUGUGUGCUAAGGAAGCCAGCAGUAUUUUGGUGUCUUUUGAUUCUUAUAUACAGGGCUUUACCUCAUUCUUUUUAGAAGUUAUAUACAGUAAAUGUUAAAAUCAUUCCCAGGUUAAAAAUUAAAAUGGUGCCAGCUUUUCAAUUUUUAUUUUUUGAUAUUUUAAUUUCACUCAAAUUUUGUAUUAUAAAUGUUGCUGCUGUGAAUAUCGUUAGGCCACUUAUUUAUUUAUAUAACUGUAUCUGUGGAAGCAUUCAUAUAUUUUGAACUUUUGGGACAAUGGAUAUGUGCACUUUAUGUUUUGAUUCAUAUUGGCAAAUUAGCAUCUAAGAAUGUUACACGGUAAACCCUUCUAAAAGAGUUAUAACAGCUCUUAUUUCCUCAGACCCUUCACAGAAUUGGCUGUUAUCACUCAUACCAUCAAUUUUUUUAAGUCUUUAUUAAUGGUAAAUAAUAUACCUCAUCAUUCAUGUUUUAUAUUGAACUUAAUUACUUAUGAGACUGAAAAUCUUCUACAUAUUUAUUAAACAUUAGAGUUUCUUCUCAUGGGACUUGAUUAUUCAUAUCCAUUGCCACUUUUUCCACUUGAUUAAAGGGCUUUGCUUUAGUGACUCUAAGAAUACUUUAAAUAAAUGUAUUAAAUGGAAUUAUAUAUUUUUCAUUUGAAUUAGUGCAUUUGUCAUGGAAUUUUUUGCCUCCUGUUUAAUUAUUAUUUCUCUGUAAUAGUUUGUCCUUCCAGUUUCCAAUAUGGUAGGGGAUGUGGGAUAUAGGCAAGGUGGCUUAUACAUAAUUUUGUGGCAGUGAAUAGGGAACUGAAAUCUUAGCUCCUGAAACCUAGCUCAGUCUUGUCUAUGCAUUAGCCUCUGCUGUAACUGAAUCUAUUUUUAAAGAAAUGAACUGCACUUAGAUUUGAGUACCAAAGAUAUUUACUGCUGCUGACUGCCGGACUUGCUAUUUCUUCCUAUCUGGAAUUACAGUCUUUCCAUCUUUUUUCACCCUCUCUAGUUGGGAUAGACUCUACAUCACAUGUACCUUUAAUUGCUCAAGGAAGACUGGUACAUUUGAGUUAGAAUGCAGAGGUCUUGCUGACAGAUGACGGCACGUGGGAUGGAACAGCCAAUACAAGGGUAGCAAUAAGUGGAUGUAAUACAGAGAUACUUAGGGAACAAACCUGUAACAUGAUACUUGUUUGGAAGAUGAAUAAGAUGAUUGUGUGUGAGAGGAUAUGAUUAAGAUAAUUUCAACGCUUCUAGAUUGAGAAACUGUUAUACUAUCAUUUGCUAAAUUGGAAAACAUUAUAGGAGAAACAGAUUUGAACAUGCUGAGUUGGAUGCGCAUGGGAUUUCUAACAUGGCAGACAUUGGGUAACUAAUUCCAAAGCUAAGGAGAGAGGAUUGUCUUCAAAAUUAAAAAAUUCAGAAUCUUCAACAUAGGAGUCACAAAGUCAUGGCAUUUGGGGUUAUCAGCCAGGUGGAGUUUAUUAACCUAGAAAGCAGCAGACAUAUAUAGAGCACCACAGAAUGCUAACUACUUAAGACCAUGCAGAAAGAAAAAUGAGUGAAUACUGAAGUUGGAGAAAAGAUUUGUAUAUCAUGUCACAAACAGAAGAGUUUUGGAAGAAAGGCCCAGCUGUUUCAAUUAAGUCUCACAAGAAUGAGUCAUUGUAUAGAUUAGACAGGGGCAUGAAUGCUGUGGCAUAACUCUACCCGGAGACUGGGCUCCCUCUGCUGGGAUGUCUUCUGUGAAGGUUCAGAGCAGGGUUCCAUUCUUUCCUUGAGACCAAUGUGACAGAAUGAGUUAUUGGAGAAUACCUUUUCUUGGAAACUUUCCCAACCUGGUAAUAUCUGAAGGCAGAGUAAACCACUUAAGCCUUAGAUUAUAGGGAAGAAUAUUCUUUGUCUCCUCUUUAUGUUGGUGAACUUUGCUACAAUAUUGAUGAGAACGAGGGCAGAUGCUCCACUGCAGAGAAAGAGCAAAAAAGAAAAGAGACUGCAUGGUCUAUUUUGGUGUUGGACAUUGGGCCUGCCUUUGUUUAGCCCCUUGGGACCCUACAGUUAUUAUUCCAGUUCACUAGGGUGGGAACUUCACAUUGAACUUUGUUGCAAAUUCCUAACUAGUCAUUGUUUCUCUGCCUAAUAGUGUUUUGUGUACAUAUUUUCCUAGAAAUCUUCCUGGGUUCCUGUAAGGAGGCAGGACUAAAAUUGUAUGACUGGAGUUAUGUGACUUGUGUCUCUGUGAAAAAAUUAUUUUGAUCCCACUUCUAUUAUGACUUAAAAUUGUAACUGAAAGUUUGGCAAGUAUUUUUAGUGAAGAGAAGAGGCAAAGGAUAGCUUAUCCCUUUACAGAGCUGAAAGUGAGGGGAUAAUAUUGAAGAAGACUCAGAGGUGGACGUCUGUAGAUCAUCGUAACAAUCAGUUACAAAAUUUUUAUUUUCAGUCUAUGAGACACAUCCAGUCCAAGACCAUAAUGACCACAUUCAACUUGAGCAGCUUCAAUUCAGGCCCUUUCAUCCUACUGGGAAUCCCAGGGCUGGAGGAGUUCCAUGUCUGGAUCGGGAUUCCUUUUUUCAUUAUCUACCUUGUGGCCCUUGCAGGCAACAGCGUCCUUCUCUACCUUAUUUCCAUGGAACGCAGCCUUCAUCAGCCCAUGUUCUUUUUCCUCUCCAUGCUGGCUGCUACAGAUCUCAUCCUAUCUAAUACAUGUGUACCCAAAACAUUCAGCAUCUUCUGGCUAGGUCCUCAGGAAAUCACCUUUUCUGGAUGCCUUACUCAAAUGUUCUUUCUCCACUAUAGCUUUGCCAUGGAUUCUGCCAUCCUGUUAGCCAUGGCAUUUGAUCGCUAUGUUGCUGUUUGCUUCCCCCUAAGAUAUACCACUAUUCUUACCCGUCAGAUUAUUACUAAAAUUGUAAUGGCUAUUGUUAGCAGGAGCUUUUGCAUCAUCUUCCCAUGUGUGUUCCUAUUAAAACGACUACCUUUUUGCCGAACACUCAUCAUCCCCCACACGUACUGUGAGCACAUAGGCAUAGCCCAGCUUGCCUGUGCGGACAUCUCCAUCAACAUCUGGUAUGGCUUUGCUGUGCCUGUAAUGACUGUUACAUCAGACCUGAUCCUCAUUGGCAUCUCCUACACUCUCAUCCUUCGUGCCAUCUUUAAUCUUCCAUCCCGAGAUGCCCGCCAGAAAGCCCUCAACACCUGUGGUUCCCAUGUUUGUGUCAUUCUUAUAUUCUACACACCAGCAAUGUUCUCUGUCCUCACCCACCGUUUUGGUCACAAUAUUCCUCACUCCUUCCACAUACUGACUGCCAACCUCUACGUGGCCAUCCCUCCUGCACUCAAUCCAAUCAUCUACGGGGUGAAGACCAAGCAGAUUCGGGAAAAAAUCAUCCUACCCUUCUUCCCUAAAGGGAACCAUUGACAUGAGACUGAGAGCUUGGGAAAGGAAACAGGUAACCAUGUUUAUUUUGGAAUGCAUUUUAUUUUUUUACAGCUAAAAUAUCUACAAUGGUGAUUUAAAUACAUAUGAAAUCUUAAAAGUCUUCCAUGUGUUAUAGGAAUCAAUAAGACAAAGUAAGGAGGUAGAUAUCAAGAAAAACAAAAAAAGUUGAAGAAGAUAUGUCUUCCUGAGACAAUAGAUCAGAGGGUAAUUUCUGUCUUAUUUUGAGAUAGAUUUCCAAGACUUAUGGGAUAAGAUACUGAUCAUAUAUAAUGUGGAUAGAUAUUAUUCUUAAU